CUCCAUCACCACAAAGAUCUCGCCAGAUCUUCACCUCAUACUCACCAGUACUACCACGGCCAUCAACAUGAACGCGAACACCGCCCGCCAGGCGCUCCGCAGCGUCGCACGCGCAAGCGGCGCCAGCACCGAGCGCACGCUCCUCGCCCGCGCCCCCGCCGCCCAGCGCGCCAUGUCCACGCUGCUCGCCAACCGCAGCAGCUGCUCCAAACACGCUGCUGCUGCCGUCCCCGCUGCGUCUGCCGCUAAACAGCAGCUGCGCGGAUACCGCAUGCUAAAGUUCGCUGACACCGAGGAGAAGGUGUACGAGCGCUCCGACUGGCCUGUCGAAAGGCUGCAGCAGUACUUUAAGGACGACACCUUCUGCGUCCUCGGCUACGGCUCCCAGGGGUAUGCUCAGUCUCUCAACAUGCGUGACCAAGGAAUGAACGUCAUUGUUGGCGUGCGCAAGGACGGUGCAUCAUGGAAGGAGGCGCAAGAGGACGGCUUUGUGCCAGGCGAGACACUGUUCCCCGUCGAGGAAGCGAUCGAGCGCGGUACGAUCAUCAUGAACCUGCUUUCUGACGCAGCGCAGGCGUCGACAUGGCCGACAAUCUCGAAGCUGAUCAAGCCAGGCAAGACGCUGUACUUUUCGCAUGGCUUUAGCGUCGUCUUCAAGGAGGACACGAACAUCGUGCCACCCAAGGACGUGGACGUGAUCCUGUGCGCGCCCAAGGGCUCGGGCCGCACGGUCCGCUCGCUAUUCAAGGAGGGCAAGGGCAUCAAUUCAUCCGUCGCCGUCUUCCAGGACGUCACGGGCAAGGCGCUGGAGAAGGCUGUUGCGACAGGCAUUGCCGUCGGUAGCGGGUACAUCUACGAGACGACGUUCGAGAAGGAGGUCUACUCGGAUCUGUACGGCGAGCGCGGCUGCCUCAUGGGCGGCAUCCAGGGCAUGUUCAAGGCGCAGUACGACGUCCUUCGUGCCAACGGUCACUCGCCCUCGGAGGCGUUCAACGAGACGUGCGAGGAGGCGCUAAUGUCGCUCUUCCCUCUCGUCGGCGAGCAUGGGAUGGACUACAUGUACAAGGCCUGCUCCACCACCGCCCGCCGAGGCGCGCUCGACUGGGCUCCCGAGUUCGAGAAGGCGUGCAAGCCCGUAUUUGAGCGGCUCUACGCCAGCGUCAAGGACGGUAGCGAGACCAGGCGCGCGCUCGAGUUCGGCAACCGCCCCACUUACAGGCAGGACUACGACAAGGAGACUGACGCCAUCGCCGACCAGGAGAUGUGGCGCGUGGGACACACUGUCCGCGCUCUGCGACCGGACCGCCAGAGCCGCUAAACCAGACGCAGUCCGUGUCCUCGCUAUAUCGACGAGGUAUGCAGCAAAAAGGGGUGCAGGUGGCGCCUUGGCUCUGCUCCCAUCAUUCUUUCUCGAUCCUGGUUUUUGACAUUGUAUAGAGAGAGAACGAGGUAUGAGGUUGGGAUUUAGUAAGCUACAUAUGUAUAUACAUACGGUACAUGCAUGCACGCUACGACCGAAAAGUGAGCCAACGGACAACUCACAGUCGCUCAAUGGUCCAAGCCU